AUGGCAGACGACAGAAAGCUGCCCAAUGUGCUCAUCACAGGCACGCCAGGCACGGGCAAGACGUCACAUGCCGCCACUCUCCUGGACGAGCUAGUCCAGAAGCAUGAGGGCUUCCGGCACAUCAAUGUAGGCGAAUUUGUCAAAGAGCACGGCUGCCACGAGGGAUGGAAUGAGGAAUGGCAGUCUUAUGACGUAGACGAGGACAAGCUGCUAGAUCAAUUGGAGGCAAUACAGACGCGAGGUGGCAUCAUCUUUGAUUGGCACACCUGUGAUGUCUUUCCCGAACGCUGGAUCGACCUCGUCGUCGUUCUGCGUUGCGAGCAUACCAAGCUAUGGGAACGUCUCGAAAAGAGGAAGUACUCGCUGGCAAAGAUACAGGAGAACAAUACAGCAGAGAUCAUGAUGACCGUACUAGAGGAAGCAAGAGCUGCAUACGCUGACGAGAUCGUUGUCGAGCUACAGAGCGACGGACCAGAAGAGAUGGAGAGCAACCCCAGCGUGAAGACUAGCGCCUCCAUCUGGGCCUUCACGUCAUUCGACAAGACUCAUUGCGCCGGUGUUGCAGCGAUAAUUGCAAUGUCAGAGCCUCUGACUCGACGGAUAGAUCAAUCUUUGUCCUCUAGCAACGACAUCGGCAGAAACUGUGCACGUGUACAGCUCCUUGAGCCUAUGCUGGGGCUUCUACACUCACGACAAUGCGCGCAACAAUCUGGCACCCUUCAGCUCGCUGAGGCGAUGCUCAGUUGCGUGAUCGAAUGGCCUCCAGAUGACGAUCUCGCUCCGGUCGCAAGCAAAGAUGGAUGUGCGCACACAUUCGCGCCGCUUUGA